CAGUGAAGCCCUCGAUUUGCCAUCCAUAAUUCUUCGAGAAUCCUCUGAUACUUGAGAAGCGCGUUAUCUAUCUCGGUCGUGUUGAAGCCGUAGAGCAGGCCGCGUGAUUUGCUCGCCUGGGGCAGACGACCUAGGAGCACCGAUGAAGAAGAUGCUGAGUGGCCAGCACCCCCCUCUCCCCCGGAAGAUCUUUGGCGAGCCCCGGAGUGUCCGGACUGGCUGGAACUGCAUGCCCGGACCGGUUUAUCACCAGUCAGAAGCCAGCUUCCCCCCGGGGCAUGAAUUCGCAACCGCGGGUCUGUGGCUACCUUGAUCCUGCAAGGUGUCUGUCUGUUAUCAUCGUCGGCCGAGUCGAAACAACCUGGUACCAUAGACAAAAUCGUUGCCCGGACAAGCUGCCCGCCUCACUGGUGAUCCUCGGGUCCAGCAGCCUUCUUCCCAGAAUAAGCCCACCAGAGUGUCGUAGUCAGCGAACAAAGAACACACCCGCCAAAACCACAGAUCACACAGAUCACAAAGAAGCAAUGAGAAUGGACGAGAACAGCAAUGACACUUUCUUGCCGAAGCAAUUAAUCAAUUUCUCUAUUCGAACCCUGUCAAGGAAAAAUGAAAUACACCCCCACGAUGAAGUGUGUCGUGCUAAGUCUAACAUGUCAAAUAAUAGAACAUUCGUGAGAUCACAGGCAGAAAUAAUGGCACAUAGUCCGCGUCGGGAAUUAGUGGAUGGUCAAAAGUUGCUUUUCGCGAGUAAGACCGGACCCAUGCAAACACACGACGCAUCAACUCCUGUCCCAAAAAGACACUGGCGGUAUUCCCAGCGGCCGCAGCCGUGGCCAGGUCAGAAAAUCUCAAAACAGACCUUUGGCCAUGCGUGCAAACAUGUACCUUCCUCAAGAGUCUCUAUAAUCGUCUCACAGGCCUCCUAACUCAUCCCUCCAACAAGGAAAGAAAUCGAAGAAAAAAUGGCGGAAAUCAGAACGGGCAUCCAGCUGAUGCAUGAAUAGCCUUCUUCCUGUGUCUGCUUGCCGACCAUUAUAGUUUAUAGAUGUGCCGGGGGUCCACAGAGGGGGGAGACAAGAGCCCCUGGGCGACUCAAGUGUGCGUUUACGCGUUUCCAGCGGUGGCACCACCGAGGAUGCCCUUGAAGCGGUCGACAGACUGAGGAGCGUAGCUAGGAGCCAUCGAUC